ACAUACUAAUAGUUGAUCUUCACGGUGAUUGGUUUGCUAUGGAUGAGUUUUUUCUCGGUGGCAUCAUCAGCAAGUCACUGCUAGAGUUGCAACACUUAGAGGUUUUAAACCUCAGUUGGAAUCGAUUUCAAGGUAUUCAAGUACCAUAUUUCAUUGGUUCUCUAAGAAAUUUGAGAUACCUUGAUUUGCCAAAUUCUGGUUUUGGUGGAAGGAUUCCAAACCAGUUUGGUCUUCUUUCACAUUUGAAUUACUUAAAUCUUGAAGGGAAUUUCCUGGAGGGUUCGAUCCCUUGUCAACUUGGAAAUCUCUCCAAGUUGCAACAUCUAGAUCUUAAGGAUAACUCUUUAGAAGGAAAUGUACCUUCUCAACUUGGGAAACUGUCAAACUUGCAUAAGCUUUAUCUUGGAUAUGGUGGAGCGCUCAAACUUCAUGAUGGAGGUCUUUGGUUGUCUAAUCUCACCUCGUUAACCCAUCUUGACUUAAGUUUGAUGGCUAAUCUUAAUAAUUCUCAUAGUUGGCUGCAAAUCAUUGGAAAUUUACCAAAACUCAGAGAAUUAAGCUUGUCUGAUUGUAGCCUUUCUGAUAAUUUCAUCCAUUCAUUGAGCCCUUCAAAGCUCAAUUCUUCUACUUCCCUUUCUGUCUUUGACCUCUCCUGGAACAAGUUUACAUCAUCCAUGAUAUUCCAAUUGGUGUCAAAUAUCAGUUACAAUCUUUUGAGCUUGACCUUUAUGGUAAUAACCUCUUGGAGGCUCCUGCAUCAAAUCAUUUUGGUUUGAUGAUGCAUUCUCUUGAACGACUCGAUCUCUCCUCUAAUAGACUCAAGGGUGAGGCGUUAGAAUCCUUCAUGGAUAUGUGCACCUUACAAUAUUUAAACAUAUACGGAAACAAUAUGACUAGAGAUCUUUCAUCAAUUGUUCAUAACUUAUCUAGUGGUUGUGUGAGGCACUCAUUACGAGAGUUGUACCUAAGUUACAAUCAAAUAACUGGCUCCUUACCUGACUUUUCAAUAUUCUCCAAUUUGAAAAUAUUGGAUAUUUCUGUGAACCGGUUGAGUGGAAAGAUACCUGAUAGUAGCAAAUUUCCACCUCAGUUGGAGUCUUUAUCAAUUGAAUCAAACUCAUUGGAAGGUGGUGUUCCAAAAUCAUUGGGGAGCACAUGUACUUUGCGUUUGUUACACCUAUCCAAUAACAGUUUCAAUGAAGAGCUUCCACUGAUAAUCCAAAACUUGUCAGGAUGUGCUAGAUCCUCGCUGCAAGAGUUAGAACUGAGAAUGAAUCAAAUCAAGGGUACACUACCUGAUUUCUCAACAUUCUCUUCUUUAAAAACUUUAUCUCUAGAUGAAAACAAGCUAAAUGGAAAGAUUCCCAAAGAUAUUCAAUUUCCUACUCAGCUGGAGACUCUCAAAAUAAACUUGAACUCUUUGGGAGGUGUGAUGAGUGACUCUCAUUUUGCAAACAUGUCAAAGUUGAAGUUGUUGGAUCUAUCAGACAACUCAUUGGCUUUGGAAUUUAGCCAAAACUGGACCCCAACAUUUCAAUUGGGUUACAUAGGGUUGAGAUCUUGCAAGUUAGGUCCAACUUUUCCUAAAUGGUUCCACACACAAAAUGACAUUGAAAUUCUUGACAUUUCUAACUGUGGAAUAUCAGAUUUUGUUCCGGAAUGGUUUUGGGCUAAGGUUGCAAUACAAGGAAUGACAAAAAUGAAUAUUUCAUUCAAUAACCUCAAAGGUACAAUUCCAAAUUUUCCCUUGGAUGUUACUCCUCAUUUUGUAGUCCUCGCCUCAAAUCAGUUUGAAGGCCCUAUUCCAUCAUUUCUUAGGGGAUCAGCAUUUCUUGAUCUAUCUCAAAAUAAAUUUUCAGACUUUUCCUCAUUUAUUUGUGCGAAUGGGACAGUUGAAGCUUUAGGCCAACUUGACCUUUCAAACAACCAAUUAUCUGGACAAAUUCCAGAUUGUUGGAACCAUUUCAAAUCAUUGGCGUAUUUAGAUUUGAGUCACAACAAUUUUUCAGGAAUGAUUCCUACUUCAAUGGGAUCACUUGUUGAACUUCAAGCAUUAUUACUAAGAAACAAUAGCUUAACCAAGGAGAUCCAUUUCUCCCUAAGGAAUUGCAUAAAGUUAGUAAUGCUUGACUUGGGAGAAAAUAGAUUAUCAGGAACUAUCCCUUCUUGGAUUGGGGAAAUAUAUCAAGAUUUGCAAAUAUUAAGCUUGAGAAAGAAUAACUUCUAUGGAAGUUUACCAGUUCAACUUUGUUAUCUACAGGGCAUUCAGCUCUUGGAUCUCUCACUGAACAAUCUAUCUGGAAGAAUUCCCAAAUGCUUCAAAAAUUUUACUUCAAUGACUCAAAAGACUUCAUUGAUAGAUUAUACACACCAGGGGUAUUUUGUCAGCCUUAGAUCGAUUGGACAGUACAUGAACUACUAUGAUUUGUAUUCAUUGUUGACAUGGAAAGGUGCAGAUCAUAUAUUCUUAAAUAAUGAGCUAUUGCUUCUGAAAAGUAUUGAUCUUUCAAGCAACCAAUUAUCAGAAGAAAUUCCAAUGGAGAUAGAGGAUUUGUUUGAGCUUAUCUCAUUAAAUUUAUCGAGAAACAAUUUGACAGGAGAAAUUCCCUCUAAUAUUGGAAGGCUAACCUCACUUAAAUUUCUUGAUUUGUCAAGAAAUCAAAUAUGCGGUUCAAUUCCCACCAGCCUUACCCAAAUUGAUCGGCUUACCAUGUUGGAUUUAUCUCAUAAUAAUUUAUCAGGGCAAAUCCCAAUUGGCACUCAGCUACAAAGUUUUGACGCUUCAAGUUAUGAAUAUAAUUCCAAUCUUUGUGGGAAACCACUUGACAAGUUGUGUGUUGCAGAGGAACCACCACAUGAACAAAAUGUUGAAUCAGACGAAGAUGGGAAUUUCCUUAUCAAUCGUGCAUUUUAUGUGAGUAUGACACUUGGAUUCAUUACAGGCUUGUGUGGAACCUUUGGCUCCAUUCUGAUCAGUUGUCCUUGGCAACAAGUAUAUUUUAGGUUGUUGAAUAACUUAAUCGACAAUAUCUGUCGCAUGAUAAUAAUAAAAGUCGCCAAAUGUAAGAGGUGGAUUAGAGGCUAGUUGGUAAUAUUAUCUUAGUCAUUCCAUAUUUACUUGUUUUUUUCCUUUCAAUAGCAGUUAUAAUAUAUGUAGACUUUAUAUAUAAUGUAUAAUAACGGGUUGUAUUAAUUUUACGUAUAUUUUCUAUAUAUUCACUUAAAAAUGAAUUUAAUUUCAUUGCAUUAGUUAGAACCAAAUGUGUAUUCCAUUAAAGGGUGAGAGGAACCGUGGACAAAGCCACUGUGAAGAACAACUGCAACAUAUUUGAAAAGGAAUGAAAAGAAAAUUUAGAUAUACAUAAAAAAAUGACUUAAAACACACGAAUGGAAUUGAAGGACAAUUAUAAAUAAAUAAUAAAUAAAAAUAGACAAACAACAUAUAACUGAAAACAUAAAAUGGAAACACAAUAAAUUGAUAUUCGACAAACCUCUAUAACCAUGCAAAGAUAUAAGGCGUCAAAAAGCCAAAAGAUGCAAGAAAAUCGAAAUUUGAAAUUCAAAAUCCCUAAUUUAGAGUUGCAAAAAUUCAAAAACCCUAAUUCAAAAUCACAUAUGGCAUGACAAUAGAAAUCGAAAAUCGAAAAUUAAUAAAUAUUACACCACUGGUACAAACGAUCGACAGAAAUUCACAGAGCACUACAAAGCAGAGAUUAGCAAAACUGAGAAAGAAAUAGGGAAAGAAAGUUUAUCUGUAAUUCCUGAUGCAAAAUGUGUUGAACGAAUGCAACCUCCAAUGCAAGCCUGCAAUCCAAAUCCAAAGCGAAAAACCCAAAAAGCGAAAUGAAAAAAAUGGGAAAUCGAAUUUAAAACAUGCAAAGAUAGGUACCAUAAAGAAAUCCAAUCAUACAAAAGGACAUCACGGAGAAAGGGAGAAA